AUGCAAAUCACAAUCUCAGAUCGUGCAGCCAAACGCCUCAAGCAGAUAGUCACGGCACCACCAAAGAAGAACACCCUCGCGGCCUCUUCGCAGACAGGCCCCGACUCCCACCUACGCGUGACAGUGACAUCGGGCGGCUGCCACGGCUUUCAGUACUUGAUGUCUCUCGAGCCAGCGGACAAGGUCGAUCCAGAAGAAGAUACGAUAUUCGAGUUUGAAGAUGAUGGGCAAGGCAAGAAGGCGGAAGUGGUUAUGGAUCAACCGAGUCUGGAAUUACUGAAGGGAAGGAGUCAGUUCAAGAUCGUGGGGAAUCCGAGGGCUACGAGCAGUUGUGGGUGUGGAACGAGUUUUGAUAUUGAGUAG